CCACCUCUGGACCCGGACGCGCUUGGACGCAAAAUGCCGAUCUCCCUCGGAGCGUUUUCAGCGGCCACAGCGGGUCGCCGGAAGAGGUUUUUUGUUCCUUCUCAAGACUAUCAAGUUAUUCUGCCGAGCCUGCCAACGGAAAGAAUUGUGUUGAAAAUGAUACUUGUGCAUGCUGAAGUUUCUGCUACACCCUACAGAUUUGAGGCGCCAGUUGGUCUACAAGGAUUCUACCAGAACCAACCCUACAAGAGGCUAGGAGCUGCUCACGACGGAGAGGGAGCCAGCGCAAAUUGCCCAGCCACUGAUCGACAUCUAAUGACUCCUUUUCAUCAGUUGAGGAAACCAACCUUCUCGCUAUGUAGCCUGGCAUCCAUCAAUGCAUUUUUGAAGACGCCUGAAGCCAUCUGCUUGUUCGGGCAGGCAAAUACCGGCAAGUCACGAGUGAGGCCCGUCCUUGAUGAGAAUCCACAACUUCUGCAGCAAAGGCGUGAAGCUUGCCAAAGUUGCCUGAGCGAGUGCCAGCAUAUCGAGAGUAUUAAGACCAAAAGGCCAUGCUACUUUCGUUGCACCAUUUCCAACCGAAACAAGAAAGGAGCCCCGAUUGAAUAUUAUCGGUAUGAUCAAGACGGCACGCCCUGCAGCAUUGAUGAUCCUUUCAAGAAAUGCAAAAAUGGAAAAUGCCAGUGAGGAAACAAAUAUAUGCACUCAUUUGAAGACACUGACCUUGCUGUAAACAUAUUUCUCUUGGUUUAAAUAAACGCAAAAUCGAUGCUUU